UAUAAUGAUGGUAGGAUUGUGGGCGGAACGGACGCAAAGGCCGACCAGGCUUCAUUUCAAGUAUCAAUAUUUGCCUAUACUGGUUGGUUUGACUGGAUGCACAUUUGUGGCGGUUCAUUGGUCGGCCGUCGGUCAGUGGUGACGGCCGCCCACUGUUGUGAUAGUUUUAUAACAUCCGAAUUAGAGGCCAGAUAUGACGGCCUGGACUAUAGGACCCUUAAAACCAUAAACAAGGUAACAAAAAUUGAUACCCACGAGGGCUAUAAUUCCCAGAGUUAUGACUGGGAUUACUGUGUGCUGACACUACGAGACGAUAUCGUUAAGUCACCCACCGUUCAGACCAUCGAAUUGGCCACUAGUGUUCCGCCGCCCGGUUCUGCCGCUCAUUUGACCGGUUGGGGUGUGACUACUGAAUCUGGCUCAUCAUUAAAAGGCAUUUCGCUAGAUGUGCCAGAUGUCUUGCCCCAACCGGUAUCUUCUGUCGAGUCCAUCGUAAUAGGCUACCAAUAG